GGCGUGUUUGAUUAAAGCAACUCUCAUUUUUUGGGUAUUGAGCCGGGAAGUCGUCUUUCCAGUAGCGUUGGCCAUCUCUGGCUCGGCAGGAAUUCCUUUAAUGUUUUGGAAUAGUCCAUUCUUUUGCCCAGUCAGUAGACGAGUCUAAACACUGACAUGUGAGAGGGGAACUUAGUAAUAUAAGGGAAGCUGCAAUUUGGUGAAAGGCUAAUACAUCACAGCUAAAGCAGUUCGUUGAAGUUACAGGUUUUUCUAGUAUUAAUUUGUGAGUUAUGUUUUUACCCAAUUCCAACUAUUGAGCUGACUUCUGGGACCUUACUAUCCCUGUAGCGUCACAAAUGGUUUAGCCCUUCGCCGCAGCGCCCGACGGGAGAAGGCCGCCACGUUGGGUAAAACCAUUCUCUUCCAAGAGCAGGGGGCUGCAAUUCGCAUUGAGUUUGUGUACUGAAACGAGAAGCUCUGUAAUUGCUGUCGAGUGCAUACUCGUUGUGGAAGCGCCGUAGUAAUCGCUGAUAGACACGCCGAUGCCCUCUGAGUUUCCCCGUUUGCGCUGGGAGGCAUAGGGGCCUGGGCUCAUUUACCCCGCCCUUGUGGGACGCCCCGCCGCACGCACAUGGCCCGGUCGUAGGCGCGGUGCGGCCUGGGAGAGUCGGAAGCGCGGCGAGGCGGCAGCGGCGAGCCCAUGCAGGACGCGGAGAACGUGGCGGCGCCCGAGGCGGGCGAGGAGCGGGCAGAGCCCGAACAGCAGCAGCCGGCCGCCGAGCCGCCGCAGGAGGAGCCGCUACGGCCCGCGGGACCCGGCGCGCAAGAGGCGGCGGACGGCGAGGACGAGGAGUCGGAGGCCGGGCCCGGGCCUGAAGUGCCGGCUGAGCCCGCGGCCAACGGAGAGGAGGCGGCCGGUGCGACCCCCGGCCCGUCCCCGCCCCCGCCCGAGGAGCUCCCCACUCCGGCCGCGGACGAGUCUCCAGGAGAGCAGGCCCGGGACGCGGCAGCCGAAGGCCGGUCUGACGGGCCGGGCGGGGAGCUUGGCGGCGCGGCUGAGAACGGUGACGCGGACGAGCCCUCCUUCAGCGACCCGGAGGACUUCGUGGACGACGUGAGCGAGGAAGAACUGCUCGGGGAUGUGCUCAAAGACCGGCCCCAGGAGGCAGAUGGGAUCGACUCGGUCAUCGUCGUCGACAAUGUCCCUCAGGUGGGGCCAGACCGGCUAGAGAAGCUCAAGAACGUCAUCCACAAGAUCUUCUCCAAGUUCGGGAAGAUCACCAACGACUUCUACCCAGAGGAGGAUGGAAAGACAAAAGGGUACAUCUUCCUGGAGUACGCAUCCCCUGCCCACGCCACGGAUGCUGUAAAGAACGCCGAUGGCUACAAGCUCGACAAGCAGCACACGUUCAGAGUCAACCUCUUCACUGACUUUGACAAGUACAUGACCAUCAGUGAUGAGUGGGACAUUCCAGAAAAGCAGCCUUUCAAAGACUUGGGAAACUUACGGUACUGGCUGGAGGAGGCGGAGUGCAGAGACCAGUACAGCGUGAUCUUUGAGAGUGGGGACCGCACAUCCAUAUUCUGGAAUGAUGUCAAGGACCCUGUCUCCAUUGAGGAGAGAGCGCGGUGGACGGAGACUUAUGUGCGCUGGUCUCCUAAGGGCACCUACUUGGCCACCUUCCAUCAGCGUGGCAUUGCGCUCUGGGGGGGUGAGAAGUUCAAGCAGAUUCAGAGGUUCAGCCACCAGGGUGUUCAGCUCAUCGACUUCUCACCUUGUGAAAGAUACCUGGUGACUUUCAGCCCCCUGAUGGACACGCAGGACGACCCUCAGGCCAUCAUCAUCUGGGACAUCCUUACCGGACAGAAGAAGAGAGGCUUUCACUGCGAGAGCUCGGCCCACUGGCCGAUCUUUAAGUGGAGCCACGAUGGCAAAUUCUUCGCCAGAAUGACGCUCGACACCCUCAGCAUCUAUGAAACGCCUUCUAUGGGUCUUCUGGACAAGAAGAGUCUGAAGAUCUCGGGCAUAAAAGACUUUUCCUGGUCUCCCGGGGGCAACAUCAUAGCCUUCUGGGUGCCUGAGGACAAAGACAUCCCGGCGAGGGUCACCCUGAUGCAGCUGCCUAGCAGGCAGGAGAUCCGAGUUAGGAACCUGUUCAACGUCGUGGACUGCAAGCUGCACUGGCAGAAGAACGGGGACUACCUGUGCGUCAAAGUGGACAGGACGCCUAAGGGCACCCAGGGUGUUGUCACAAACUUUGAAAUUUUCCGAAUGAGGGAGAAACAGGUACCUGUCGACGUGGUCGAGAUGAAAGAGACUAUCAUCGCCUUUGCCUGGGAGCCGAACGGGAGCAAGUUCGCGGUGCUGCACGGAGAGGCCCCACGCAUAUCCGUGUCCUUCUACCACGUGAAGAGCAACGGGAAGAUCGAGCUCAUCAAAGCGUUCGAUAAGCAGCAGGCGAACACCAUCUUCUGGAGCCCCCAGGGCCAGUUUGUGGUGCUGGCUGGCCUCAGGAGCAUGAACGGCGCUCUGGCGUUUGUGGACGCCUCGGACUGCACCGUCAUGAACAUCGCCGAGCACUACAUGGCCUCCGACGUGGAGUGGGACCCGACUGGCCGCUACGUCAUCACCUCUGUGUCCUGGUGGAGCCAUAAGGUGGACAAUGCCUACUGGCUGUGGACCUUCCAGGGGCGCCUCCUGCAGAAGAACAACAAGGACCGCUUCUGCCAGCUACUGUGGCGGCCCCGGCCCCCGACGCUCCUCAGCCAGGAACAGAUAAAGCAAAUCCGAAAAGACCUGAAGAAGUACUCCAAGAUCUUUGAACAGAAGGAUCGUCUGAGCCAGUCCAAAGCCUCGAAGGAACUGGUGGAGAGGAGACGGACCAUGAUGGAGGACUUCCGGAAGUACCGGCAGAUGGCCCAGGAGCGGUACCUGCAGCAGAAGAGCGAGCGCCUGGAGCUGCGCGGAGGCGUGGACACAGAUGAGCUGGACAGCAACGUGGAGGACUGGGAGGAGGAGACCAUCGAGUUUUUCGUCACUGAAGAAGUCAUCCCUCUCGGCAGUCAGGAGUGACCGAGAGCACUGUGUGUCACCGAGUGCCGGAGCUGGGGUGUCCCUGCAGACGGCCUGUGCCGGCCCGAGUGCCCGUGCUUCCCGCUCCGCACUGACCGCCCCGGGAGGCCCCGUCUCCAGUCGUGCCUUCACCCCGGGCCCCGGGGGCGGUGUCCAGGCGCUGCUUGCGGUCUCUUGUUUGGUUUUUGAGUCACACCACCAGUGUUUGUUACUGAGACGCCUGUGUGGUACGGCGGCACAGCUGCCCCCUGCAACCACGAGGCCUGCCUGUGGCACCUGCUGUCCUGUGGGCGUGGGCCCCAGCCAGGGAGCAGCGCCCGGUGGUGUCCCUGCUCCAGGCACUGCAGCACCUGGUCCUCGCCUACAGGCAGUGCAGACGCCCGGGGGCCAAACGCAGAAAUAAAAGCAGACCUGACUGAA